AUGAAUUUUCUGUCCUGCUCCACAGCCCUGAGCAUCCAAGGUGUCCAACAAGAAGACCCUGUAGACCCUCAGAUUAUGCGACUGGACACCAUGCUGUUAGCAGAGGGGGUUGCUGGUCCGGAGAAGGGUGGAGCCUCUGCAGCAGCAGUGGCUGCAGCAGCCGGAGGGACGCCUGAUGAUGGGAGCUUAGAACAUGCAGAUUACAAAGAGAAGCUCGGUCAGAUACGACAGAUUUACCACGCAGAACUAGAUAAAUAUGAACAGGCUUGCAAUGAAUUCACCAACCAUGUGAUUAACUUGCUGAGGGAGCAGUCCCGCACGCGACCCGUCUCACCCAAAGAGAUUGAACGAAUGGUUUCAAUCAUCCACCGUAAGUUUGGCGCUAUCCAGACGCAGUUAAAGCAGAGCACGUGUGAAGCUGUCAUGAUCCUACGUUCCAGGUUCCUGGAUGCCAGGCGGAAACGAAGAAACUUCAGCAAACAGGCAACAGAGAUUUUGAAUGAAUAUUUUUACUCCCAUCUGGCCAACCCUUACCCUAAUGAGGAAGUUAAGGAGGAACUGGCCAAGAAGUGCAGCAUUACUGUUGCUCAGGUGGCCAACUGGUUUGGAAACAAGAGGAUUCGCUAUAAGAAGAAUAUUGCAAAGUUGCAAGAGGAGGCUAACGUUUAUACUAUGAAGACAGCCGCAAGCGUGUCUUCACUUUCCAGCCAAGCCAACUCCCCAGCUACACCAAACUCAGGAGGGUACCCUGCAAUAUGUAACACACCUGAUGGGAGGUUUUGAGGAGUCACUGGAGGUGCUAUCGUUCAUCCUCUCCUGUCUCCAUGUUGAUGGAGCCUGAAAAUACAGUGGCGCUCACACUCUUCAUCCAGACCUUCAGGCAGCUUGUGCUCUGUCAUCUCAACUGAUAGUACAGUGGGGGUAAAUAAUUAUUUGAUCUCCUGCUGAAUUUGUAAGUUUGCUCACUUACAAAGAAAUGAACAAUCUCUAAUUUUUAUGGUAGUUUCAUGGAGAGCAGCAGAAUAUCAAUCAAAAAUUCAGAAAAAAACACUUUACAUAAAAGUUAUAAAUUGAUUUGCAUGCCAUUGAGUGAAAUAAGUAUUUGCUCCCCAAGCAAAACAUGACUUAGUAAUGGAGAGAAACCCUUGUUGGCAAGCACAAUGGUUAGAUGUUUCUUAUUGUUAGUCACCAGGUUUGGUCACAUCUCAGGAGGGAUUUUGGCCCAUUCCUCUUUACAGAAACUCUCUAAAUCCUUUAGGUUUAUUGGCUGAGGCUUUGCACCCUCCAAAGAUUUCCUAUAAGACUGAGGUCUGGAGACUGGUUAGACCACUCCAUGACCUUAAUGUGCUUCUUUUUUAGCCACUCCUUUGUUACCUUGGCAGUACGGUUUGGGUCGUUGUCACUGAUUGUAAUCUGUGUGCCCCAUGGGGGCAUAGCCAAUCUGUGCGAUCCAGAAUUCUAGCUGGGUUGUAGAGGAUAAAAUACUUACUUCAGUCAGUGGCAUGCAAAUCAGUUUUUUUUUUUUUUUCUGGAUUUUUGCUUGCUAUUCUGUCUCUCUCCAUUAAAAUGAAACUACCAUAAAAAUUAGAGUCUUCUUUUCUUUGUGAGGAAACUUACAAAUUCAGCAGGGGAUCAAAUAAUUUCCCCCAUACUAUCCCUUCCCCACUACCAGUCUUCCUCCUUGGACUAAUACAAAGGAAACCUAUCGAGGCCAGUGAUAAAUGGAGUCACAAAUGGAAACACCAGGAUUGGCCCAAAAACUUUUAUUCUGUUUAGCUUUUUCUGGGAUUCCUUUUUAACCUUUUGCAUUUUAACAAAUAUUCUGACCCCACUAUUUUUUUAACGAUGAAAAGAUUGAAAUACAUAAAUAAAUUAUGGAAAAAAAAAAAAAAAAGGACUAGAAGCCUGCAUGUGUUGUUAAACCAGAUGUGGAUUCAUCAAUUUAUCUCUCUAUAUAAAAAAAAAAUACCAAAAGAUGCAUGUUGUUCUUUUUAAGUUUUGAAACUAUGAUUGUAUAUUUCUUUCUUUCUUUUUACAAACAUCA